CCAUAUUCCAAUAAUGCUAAUAUGCACCUCGUGUUCAUCGAAAGUCAUAGCGAUAACGAAAAUGAAAAUUCUUGUAGCUCCAUAGAAAAACGUGAUCGACAUCACGUGGCAACGAAAUUAGAUGGUUAA